AUGGCGCGCCUACCUUUGGCUUCCGACCGAUGGGCAGACGCUCCGACUCAGCUCGUCUCGUCCCGUCUCGAGCAAGGUGCGCGUCUCGGUUCGACGCCUUCCAACAGCAUCGACUCCACCUCUUCUUCGCUACGCCGUCCAGAAAUCUCGCAUCGCACGCUCUCGGACUCGUCAUCCUCCGCUAAUCGUCAAGCUGCUCGUCUUGAACGUACAGAGAGCGUCAUGAGCACCGCCUCUGCAUCUUCCGAGAUGUCCACCGCUGCCACCAUCGCAAAGGCCAGUACCGCCACCAUUCGUAAGCUUCAGCGUAACGACGACGCAUCCGCCAAGGCCAUCCGCUUUGCAAAGCCAAAAAAAGAUCCCGAUUCCAUCACACCUUCGUCUUCCAACGAUCACAUGAGCAAUCACAGCACCGAUGCCGCAGAAAACCACUCCUCCCCUAUCUCACUUGCAGAUCAAUCUCACAGCACUGUCACCGACUCUUUCGACACUACUGUCCGUACCCCAGCUGAUCUCCCAUCGCACCCUGGCUUGGUCACAUUUGACCACCAAUCCGAUCACACCUUGCGCAGUGGCAUCACCCUCGAUCUUGUCGAUGAGCCAAAGUCUUUCUUCUCAGACUCGCUAUCCACUAUCGACUCCAGUCAAUCCAAGUCGGCUUCCACAUCCUCUCGACCUGCGCCUCUUUAUCCAGAAUCCACCGUCACGCGCCCAGGCUCACACAGAGGCUCUGAUCAUGCCUACAGCGAGCUCGCAACAUCCAUAUCGUGCUCCUCCUCCUAUCAGAGCGCUGUGUCCUCGCUCAACCCUUCAACCGACUUGUUCCCCCACGUGUUUCACUCUCAACGCUCUCUCGGCCCUUCACCGCUCAGCAUCAACAAACCUCCUCACCCCGCCAAGGUUGGUCUGGGCAUCCAGACGCAAGUCCCUCCACAGCUCACAGACGCCUCCAUACCCACUUCCCGCUACCUUGCUGGCUCUUCGCUUGAAGUCGUCCCAGAGGCACGCGAGUCGCCCUACAUGGGCAGUCGCGCUAGUCACGCCACCUCUACGCCAGAUGCCAAUCAACAAUCACUGUUGAGCAUAUCCACCGCCCUUCCGCACAACAUCGAACCCGUCUGGGGAGAGAGUCACUCUGCUUACAACUCUGUCUCCACAGAUCGCGACUUGGGAGCAAUGUCCUCUUUCUCCUUUCCCCGCUCUGGUUCAUCCUCUGUAGGCCUCACAAGUACAUCUGGCAGACCAAGCCAAUCCGCAUCUUUGUCCGCCAAUUUUCCUCGCUCUCCCGGCAGCGCUUUCCACUCGUCCAACGCUUCCAUCCAGUCGCCACAUCCUCUCUCGUCCAAGACAAGCGACACAGGUCUUCUCCAUGCCUCAAGCUGGUCAUACGUGCCUCCAUCCUCUUAUGCUGGCUCCAACAUCAGCUCAACAGGCGCCACUUCGGCGCUCGGCUUCACUAGCCUCAAUGCCACCAAUCGCGAAGAUAUGCUUCAUCGGAUUUUGCUCGACCAAGCCCGCGUCGACUGUCAAGAGUACGGUACGCUCAGCUUGGAGCAUGUCGCCGAAGCAAAGCGCGACCUCAAACACGUCGAGCGCAAAGUUGACUCUCUUCGCACAAAGCUCAAAGUUGAGAUCAAAAUUCGUGAUGCUGCAGUCGCCCUCCGCAAAGCCCACCGAACAACCGCCGCAUCGGCCCACUCGCCCGCCUCUUCGAUCAAUCUCGCUGUUUCACCCACCUUGACAGGUUUUGCAAAUGCUUCGACAUCCGGUGGCAAUUUUGCUUCCAACUCUUCCUCUUCGACCACUUCUUUUGCUGCGCAAAGUCGUGCCCUCAGCAUCUCGGCCAGUGAGGCCAAGGCUGACGAAGAUGUCAAUGUAGCCACCGCAAAGGUCGACAAGGUUGCCAACGAGCUCUUCAAGUGGACAGAUCGCGCCAACACGCUUCGUCGCAAACUUCUCGAGCACCAGGCCGCCACGCUCUCCGAACGUGUUCAGCGUCUCGAGUCCGACCGCCAGCUCAUGGAAGAAAGGCUACCUUCUCUUACCACCUCGGCAUCCUUCGAAUCACUCGCACCAUCGGCAUCUGCUUCUGCCGUCGGCCUCACACGCUAUCGAGACACAGGAUAUCGCCACCAGCCGUCUGCAGAUGAUCCUUACCUUCCCAAAGGUCCCGACAACCCACUUCGCCACAACCGCCUCGAGUCAGACGUUAGCGCCAUCAGCGGCUCCAGCUUCCUCGGCGCCGCCGCUUCUGAAAAAGUUCGACGGCUAGCUGAGGAGCUCGAAAAAAAGCGUGACAUGGUCCACAAGCUUGAGACUGACCUUGAGUCCGUUAGAGACGCAGCACGGCGUAAAGACGAGACCUCGGAUCGACUGACGCAGCAGCUCGAAGAACAGUCACGCGAGCGCAGCCACGCGAUAACAGAGCUACGCACUCUCAAACAGCAGUUGUCUCUCCAGGAAGAAGUCGCACGCCAGACACAAAUUCGUGCUAUCCAUGCGGCUACUGCCGACGUCGAGGAGAGGAUGCACAGGCAGUUUGAGCAGAGCCGCAGUCGCGACCACGAAAAGGAGGAUGCCUUGGUCAACGCCAAAGCAGAGAUGGUGGCUAGUCAACGCGCCCUUGUCGACUUGCAGUCCCGGCUUGACGCUUCGCAGAACGAGAUCAAGGCACUUCAAGCCCGCGCACAGGCAGCAGAAAAAGCUUCGGAAGAGCACAAACGCCAGUUGGAUCGAGUACGAGACGAAUCGACACAACAUUUGGCGCAAGGUACUCAGGACUUGUCAUCACUUCAGGCCAAGUUUGACACGGUCAUCGCCGAACAGGACAAGACCAACGCUCUGGCCGCCAAGCGUGCCCAGACGAUUGUGGAGCUUGAGAAUCAGCUCAACCAGGCGCGAGACGCAUUCACUGCUGACAAGGCUUCACUGAUUGCAGAACAUGCUGCGGCGAUCGCAGUUCACCAGGGGCAGCUCGCGCAAGCACGCAGAGACCUCAGCGGCAAGACACAGGAGCACGCCGAUGCUGAAAAGCAAAUCACUGCAUCACAGCAACGCAUCGUCGAGACACAAGCUCGAGCAGAGCAGGCCGAAGGCAAGCUGCGGGAGCUCGAGCUUGCAGUAGGUGCAGAGCGACGCAUCAUGGCUGAACGCGAUGAGCUCUUCCACGCCUUCGAACGCCGUCUCGAGACUGCAGAGAAGCGUCUGCAAGACCAAGACAAACGAUGCGCAAGGAUGCUGGGUAAGCUCGAAGGUCGCGAAGAGAUGGACGAUCUGCUCGAGCGAAUCAAAGCUGGUGCUGCAGGUGUCUCCAAGAAGGAAAAAACAGCCGGUCAGGAUAUUGCAGCUUUGCUUUCCAGUCUUGAGACACACAUCGGCGAUCUCGAGCUCGAGCUUGCCCGUGCCAAUGCGCAGCUUUCAGGCUCACCGCGCGACAGCUUUGCAGCUUCUGACUCGCCUACCUCCACCCCGCAGCACGACCAGCUUCAAGCUAGUCUGCAGGAGGCUCAGCGAUGGAAGACGGAAGCUGAACGUCUCCAAGACCUUCUCAAAGCAGACGGAAACAAACAGAGCGACGCUCAAUCUCAAGCCGAAGAGCAAUUGCAGAAGCUCCAAGCACAGGUACUCUCGCUAACCGAGCAAAAUAAGGGUGUCAAGCUGGAGGGGCAGGAGCGGGUUCAGCAACUUGAAGGUACUCUGCACGAGCUUUCCAAGAAGAACGAGGAGCUUGAACGUCAGUGCAAGGAGCGCGUCAAGCAGCUGGAAGAGAAGAUCAAUCAUCUGGAAGCACAAAAGCGUGUGCUAGAGAAGCAAUUUCGAAGUACACAGAGCUCUGUGUCUCCCGCCAACUCUAUCGACGCUUUGCCGCUCCGGGCAAGCAAGGUCACUUCGCCGCUUGAUGCAUCUUUGCCUCUGCAGAACAAAGGCGUCGGGAAUCUCAUCGACAGGUUUGGCGGUGGUCGUAAACUACCUUCCGACCUUCGCAAUGAUGACUCUCCCACCGUGUUGCAUGCAUGCAUCCGGUCCGCCGAGAAACUUCGUGCAAUGUUGCCGGAUCUGUCGACUGCUGCCAAAGGCUCGGCGGACUUGCAUGCUCUGCGGGAUGCUUUCCAGGCUAACGGCUCUGUGCUAAACAGCCCGACAAGUUCGAGGUCGCCGACAUCAGCGCGUUCACUGCUUGGUAGUGGUGCUGACUUGCAAGCUGAACUCGAUGCGAUAGCGGAGCGUUUGCGAAGUACAUUAGCCAUCAGUCGGACUGUCAUUGAUUUGGCUUUGGAGGCCGAAGCAGACAAGGAGAAUUUCGGUUCUUCCGAGAGCAAACAAGAGCAAGCAGCCGCUAUGCGCGCACACACCCAAGCGCUGUCUUCACAGCAGGCUUUGGUGACGAGAAUCACCUCCUUGACUUGCAAAGUCAAAGAGCAGACUGACCGUGAAAGGCGCCUCAAGGCAGAGAUGGCGCUGCUGCGCCAGCAGCUCGAGGAAGCUCACAAUGUCGAGCGUGCACCGUCGUCGCCAUCCGGCCUCACCCUCGGGAACGGCUCGAUGCUGGGUUUGUCCACAUCACCGGCCAGAGCGAGUGAUGCUAGCUUACUCGGAUGUUCGAAAAAUCUUGGCCAAAGAAGCUCGAACAAGUCGUUGCGGACGCUCAUGGGCGAAAAGGCUAGCCCAACCUCGUUGAAUGCACAUGUCUCAAGCGGUGCCUCGCUUGCUCCGCCGCGAUCACCGUCUGCUCUGGACGCAAUGCCUUCACCCACGAAGUCCAACGUCAGCGCCAAUUCUUCUCCGUCGAUCCGAUACAUCCCGCCGUUUGCGCCACCCAGCAUGGACGGCCGCACGCAUCAGAGACUCGCGUUAGAGUCACGCAAUUUGGGCACAGACAGCGGCGGUGGCAACGCCACCCUCUCAGACAUCUCGAACAAGGUUGCAACGUCGGACACCAUGUCGUUACGAUCGGGCAGCAGUCCCAGCUCUACCUAUCUGGGGUUGCCAAGCUCUGCUGUCAGUCUUGCAGACACAUCUCAAUCUUCUGCAUCAGCGGCGCGCCUGGGUGUAGAUCCGCAGUCUGCGCUUAGUUCAAUUUCAAAUGGUAUGCUCAAGCGAACCAUCACGCUCGGAAUGGACGUUCCUCAGCUUGUCUCUCGUGUACGCGAACUCGAGCGACAACUUGCGCAGACAGCUUCGAUCCGACAGCGUGCCGAGCGCGUGACGGAGCUCGAGCUCGAGUUGCGCCAAGCAAAUCAGGCCUACUCGAAGCUGCUUGACCGCAUGGACGCCGAGCGCGACAUUGAUACGCAUCAAAAGGUCGAUAUUCUGAACGAGCUCAACGAUGCGCAAUCCAAGCUGCAGACGACACAGGUCCAAAUACAACGCGCACAGAGCCUAUCUCCCUAUGUGUCGCCCCUCAUGACGUCGAAGCCGCUUCCUCCACCAAAGGAUUGA